CCCGCGCCCCCGGAGCCCGCGGCUGCGCCCCAGGAAGCGCCAGAGGAGCCUGCGGCUGUGGAGCCCGUGGGGGCUGAGGCGAAGGAGGCCACCGAUACAGGGCAGGAGGAGGAAUUUGACCCAGGUGAGAGGCACCUGCCCCAAGAAGAGCCCGAGGAAGAAGAUGGUGACACCUUCUCUUUCAAGUACAGCCCGGGGAAGCUGCGGGGCAACCAGUACAAGCAGAUGAUGACCAAGGAGGAGCUGUGCGAGGAGCAGAGAGUCCAGAGAGAGCAGCUGGACGCCAUCUUCAAGCUGAUGAAGGACAACCAGGAGACGUUUGGCGAGAUGUCCGAUGGGGACUUGCAGGAACAGCUCCGGCUCUACGACAUGUAGGCCGUCAGCCGGCCAGCCCCCCACCGCCCCGAGAUGACCAUGCCGGACGUCUGCCCCACCCACCACCCACUUCUCAUUACCAGACUGUCAGCUCGCCCUUAUCUCCUGCCCAUCAGCGUGGACGCCUGUGGCCUGCAGGCGUGGGGUUCUGUGGGGUUCUAAAGAGGAGAGAGGUCCCUGGCCCUUGGGCCUCUGCCCACUGGUGAGGUCCCACCUGCGCCACAGGAAGGCUCCCCCCCACCCCAGGCUGCCCUCGGAGCAAAAUGAACUCUCUCCCACAGGCCCAGGGCAGCCCGCAGCCUGGACUGGACCCAGGGCUUCUACAGGAGAGAGAAAUGGGACACAGUGGGUGAGGGUUGAGCUGCUGACUGGACGGGGGGUGGGUUGAACCCAGCAGCUUCCCCAAGGCUGCUUGUGUCGGUAAAGAUGACAGCCAACCUGGGAAACCCUGGGGGCCAAUUGCCGCCAGUCAGCAUGGACUUGCUGGCUUGGCUUGGCUUGGCUUUGAAGAAGAUCACCCAGCCCCACAGCUGAGGCUGCAGACUGGUAACCGGGCAGGCGCACCACAUUCUGCCCGCGGAGGAUUGCCUCUAGCUCCUCUGGUGGUCAGGCCGCAGGUUAGAGUGGGGGUUCUUCUAGCAAAAAGUCUCCUUCAAAACUCCUCUUCCCCACCGCCCUUCACGAUUUAGGAUCCUGUAAGGCAAGAGUGGGGAAACCGUUUUUUUUCCCCCUGCCAAAGCCCAUUUAGCUAUUGAUGCCAUCAUUCGAAGGCCAUAUAAGUCAAACGUUGAAUUCACGCACCCUAACGUGAUGGCUGGGGGUCCUGGUGGCGCAAUGGUUACGCACUGGGCUUCGA